GUGAUCAAUUCAGAAACCCUAGCUCAAAGGAGAAAAUCUUCCUGCCACUGUCUGAGAGAGUAUAGAGAGGCGAAGAUGGUGAAGUUCUUGAAACCCAACAAGGCGGUGGUUCUUCUUCAAGGUCGUUACGCUGGAAGAAAAGCUGUGAUCAUUAGAUCCUUCGACGAUGGAACUCGUGACCGCCCUUACGGCCACUGCUUGGUUGCUGGAAUCGCCAAGUACCCCAAGAAGGUGAUUCGCAAGGAUUCAGCGAAGAAGACUGCGAAGAAGUCCCGUGUGAAGGCUUUCAUCAAGCUCGUGAACUACAACCACAUCAUGCCCACUCGUUACACCCUCGAUGUGGAUCUCAAGGACGUCGUCUCAGUCGAUUCUCUCCAGUCUCGGGACAAGAAGAUCACGGCCGCUAAGGAGACCAAAGCUCGUCUUGAGGAGCGAUUCAAGACUGGGAAGAACAGGUGGUUCUUCACCAAGCUAAGGUUCUGAGGUGAUUUUGGUUUUUCUUGGGUUUUAAAAGUGUAGCGAUUCCUGAGAUGGGAUUGGAUCCCUAGAUUUAAUCUUAUAACUUUUUGAGGUGCAUUUUUGUUGUUAACUUGAAUAUUUCAGCUUGUGUUCUGCUUUGGAUCAUUUAUAUUUGUUGAGAGUUAGUUUUGUGUUCUCUUUA